AUGUUUGGUGGAUACUCAAAUGGCAGGGGGGAUGGCAUCCAUGGCGUUAGAAUCAACGAGAAGCUUCUGAAGCCAUUGCACGUGGGAGUUGACCCUCAAGAACAUAUUCUACGAGAUCAUGAAAGGGAAGAGAUGAAGUGCCUCAACAACGAGUUUGCCUCCUUCAUUGACAAGGUCCGAAACCUAGAGCUACAGAACAAAGUCCUUGAGACCAAAUGGAACCUUUUGCAAGAACAGGUCAUUCCAGCCAAGAAAAGCCUUGAACCGUGUUACGAAAACUUCAUCAGCAACAUGAGAAAGCAACUGGAGUGUGUAUUGAAUACGCAAGAGCAUCUAAGAAAUGAAAAUGCUGCCAUUGACCAGCUGGUGGACGACAUCAAGUGCAAAUACGAACAGGAAUUCAAAAGACGCACAGAUGCAGAAAAUGAAUUUGUGCUGCUCAAGAAGAGGUGCGAGAGCCACAGAUUUUCUAUGAUUUUUCAGGAAUUAGCACAGCUCAGUAACAAUGUUUAUGACACCAACAUCCUCUUGCAAAUGGACAACAGCCGAAACUUGGACAUUGACUGCAUCAUCAAAAACGUGGAAGCAUGGUAUCAAAAUGUUGCCCAUGGGAGCAAAGAAGAAGUUAAUGCUUUUUAUGAAAACCGAUUCCAGGAGCUUCAGCAACAAAGAGGCAAAUAUUCUCAAACUCUGAAGAUCAACCAGCAAGAGAUUGCAGAUCUGACUCGUCUGGUUCAUAAAUUGCAGUCUGAACAUGAUAUUAUUAAAAAACAGGUUAAUGCUUUCCAAACGUCCAUUUGUGAGGUUGAGCAGCAUGGAGACUGUGCCCUGAAAGAUGCCCGGGACAAACACAUCGAUCUGCAAACUGCUGUACAGAAGGCCAAGGAUGACUUAGCGAGGCUGCUAAGAGAUUACCAAGAGCUUCUGAACACCAAGCUCGCUCUUGACAUUGAAAUUGCUACCUAUAAGACAUUGCUGGAGGGAGAGGAGACCAGGUGA